AUGAAUGAAGAAUGGGUUGAUGUGGGGCCCGCCAGUGGUUCUGAUCUCUUCACUCGUCCAAAUGAACACCCAGUCCAACGAAGGCAGAGCGACAUCCACACGGAUACCUUCUAUCAGAAGAUGUCAAAACGCGCAGCUGAUCUUUUAACCUCCCGCCGUCCAGCCCCUAUAUUCCAUACCAACAUGGGCGGCAUCAAGAUGAACGCCGUCUUCGCGAAUGCACUGUCGCCAGAGAACCGUCAAGAAUUCAAUUGUCGCACAUGUGCCCAUUUCAUGAAUAAGUGUGGAGACCUGUGUCUCGUCGACGAGUCAACAGGAAAACUGAUCCCCCUCUUCUGGACUGACAAUGUGCAGUCUCUCCCAGGGGUUUUCCAGGACUCUGUGAAGGCUAUUAACCAACUCUUUGACGGUCGAACAGUGGGAAGGGAAUUCAGAAUCACCAAAGAACGAUGCCGUUAUCUGGGAGUCGAGGAGAAAGGGGGCUUCAAGCACAUGGCGUUUGAUCUCCCGUCUUGCCGAUCUGAGAUUCUUCCGGCCGCCGUGGCACGCACCAUGCCUCCCACGAACGAGCAGAGGGAAAUGCUGCAACGCAUCCUGAACGACUAUAGCCGGGAAACUGUUCGUAGGGUCGCAAGCUUGUUACAGGAGAACCGCCUGCCCUACGCUAAUGCCCAUAAAGGUGCUAUUUCAUGGCUCCUUGAUGUGCAAAAGGCCAGGGGCGUACUGAUAGACUCUGAUACCACUAGCGCGACGGAGCGACACAACAUCCAAACUCACGUCGCAGCAUCGGCUUUCAUUGGAUGCUUGCAUCAGCUGCGUUCCGGGGCUCUUUCAAAAUUGCUUGAUGGCGUCCAGGAAGGUAAGCACUUCAAUGAGCUGGAACGACAGUGGAGAACACUGUGUGAUCCAACCAUGUAUAUGCGUCCCCAGCAGCCUCCGAAGGCGGGCAAUAUUGCCGUAGCGGAGAAGCUCUUCGCGGAGCUUGGCCUGACAAAGGAUGACAUGCGCCGGAAGUAUCUGACGCCAUCUCAAAUUCCCGACGAAGUGUACAUGUAUCGAGAGACCCAGGCAAGCGUGCAGACACCCAAAGAAGACAAGAGGACUACGGUAACAGGGGGUAUCUUCGCGGAUGUGGUUCCAAGAUCUCUCGUCCCAAAGUCGAUGGCAGAGAUGGACCCCCCCAAAUCCAUAUCCUUCUCCAACUUCAUCCGCACUGUCCUACCAACUGCUAGGGGAGUUGAACUCCAGAUCAAAGCGGAGGAGUAUCUCUACUUCUUUAUCACCGGCUACCCUGACUCCAAGCCAUUGAUGCAAUGGCACACGGCAGAUAAUGUCAUCAGUCCGUACACCUUCACAAGGCCAGUCGCCACAAUCCAAUACAAUCUACCCCCUGGAUGGACGCGAGUUAGUGCGAUAAUUCCAUUCCCCCAUCUCUGGGACUCUCUACCAGCAACCAAGACAUUCCCUUUGGCCGCCAGCGACUCGACUGAGUUCAACCACCAGCACCGCAAACAUGGCUUUACAUACCUCCUUUGUCUUAACGGCAUCCAGGCAACAAAGGACAAGAUGGGCCUGUGUCUGUUCCCGUCAAUGCUCAAGUCGGAAUUUCACCCUGUUCGAGCUACCAUUGAAGCAUAUAGCCAUGAUGGGGAGAUUGACCGAGAGGACGGAUGCGCUUAUGUGGGUGGGAUCUGUGUGAGUCGCUCGAGUAGCCCGCACACCAAGCGUGUUUAUAGGGUGACCGAUAUAGAGGGGGAUAGAAGGCUGUAUGAAACAGCGCUGUUCGAGUAG